GGAAGGAUUUCAGGCAGUUAAAAAUGGCUUGUGUAUCCCAAUCAGUGAGUCUUGAUAAAUGUUUUUGUGGACAGGGCUCACACAGCAGCAUUCUUUACAGUAUUCUCAACAAAGAUUAUCCAAAGGAAUCAAGCUGCUGUCGCUGUCAGCAUCACCACCACCCCUCAGCCCCUGGGUGCUCCUGCGAGUUCAGAAAAAAAGUUGUUUUAAAAACACCAGAAGCCACUUGCAGACUGGCCUCAGAGGUGCUGCUCAAAACGCUGACUUUCAUUAAAAACUUACCAUCUUUUUGCCAGCUGCCUGAGGAAGAUCAGGUCCUGCUGGUGCAGAAUUGCUGGGCCCCCCUCUUUGUCCUAGGCUUAGCUCAGGAGCGAGUAGACUUUGAGGUGGUUGAAGCUGUGGCUCCCAGCUUGCUGAGACGGAUUCUUCUAAAUCAGAAAGCAAUGGAUGGUCUGGAUCAGGAGGCGGACCUGAACACCCCAACUCUAGCAGAAGUUCAAAGAGUUAAGUUAUUUCUUGUGAAGUUCUGGAGCAUGGAUAUUAGCACCAAAGAGUAUGCAUAUCUCAAAGGCAUCACUCUUUUCAAUCCAGAUGUUUCUAGUUUAAAAACACCUCAUUAUAUCCUGGCCUUACAGCAAGAAGCCCAGCACACGUUGAACGAAUUCAUUGGCAUGACGCACAAUGGAGAUCAGAUGAGGUUUGCCCAGAUGCUCUUGACUCUCUCCACUCUCAGAACGGUCAGCACUACUUCUGUCACAGAACUAUUUUUCAGACCAGUCCUGGGUAAAGUGAAUAUGAAUGAGCUGCUCAUGGAAAUGCUCUGUGCAAAGCUGUAUUAAGUGGCAAA